AUGAAUGAAACCCAUGUUAGUUACUGUUCUUCUAUUAAUGAUGAAAAAUGGAAACAAAUAGAAAAAGAAAAUGGAGAAAUGAUUACUUAUUUUUUUAUGAACCAAAAAAGGUUACAAACAACAAUACAUCCUCCUGUUGAUACUCUUAUUCGCAAUCGUUUUUCUGAUCCUCCUAUUAUUAGGACUCGUGAUAAAUGUAAAAAAUUUAUGCAUAAACACAUUGUUCAUUCAAAAAUUGUCUCGAAAAUACGUUCUUUUUCACAUAAAACUGUUUAUUAUUGUCAAAUACUCUUUGUGAUUGGUAUGUUAAUUGUUAUUAUUGUUUUUGGUUAUUCUUUCUUUAUUAUCCUCUAG